UUUUUAAAACAGCCCCAAUCCAAACAAGGGUGAUAUCUCCGAAGCGUCUGUCCGGUUUCCCAAGCUAACAGAGAACUCACGAAACCACAAACCCUCUCUUAUCGCCUUCUUCCUUCCUCCCACAAACUCAACCGUUGUACAAUUCACCGACAACAGACAAGAUCCGCCCAUCUAUUGUUGAUAUGCUGUACUGAUUAUGCUGGAAGCAUGGUGAAAUCAGAAGGCAAAGUUGCGUAUUCUUCGCUUGCUAAUUUGGAAAAGGACAAUGUGAAAUUUCAGUUUGUUGAAGACGAAGUUGAUGAGGAUUCAUGGGGGAGAUUCCCAGAAGAUUCCCAGUGCGCGGGGCAAAAUUAUCUCUGUGGGUACCCUUCGAUCGAAUCUGAUGAUGUAUUGGAUAGGGGAUACGAUUCUGGUAAUGACCCAUAUAACUUCCUGCCACAAAAUCGUCCUCCUGAGGUCAAUUUAAAAAAUGUCUUGAGUGGGCUAGUUGCUAUUGUAACUGGGCAGAAUAAAGGUCAUGAUUCAGAUGCAGUUCCUCAGUUGCCUAGUUCUGAUGUUUCAUUUCUUGGAUCUAAUAAGAAUGGAGAUACUUUCUUGCACUCAUCAGUUUACAUACCAAGUGCUCCCCCACUAGUUGAACCAAGUGCGUUUAACUAUAGUGCUUACAAGGAUGUGUUGGAAGCUGAGCCUCCAGAGUGGCUCCCAGACAGUUCUACAACGGUUUGCAUGCAGUGUACUGCGCCUUUCACGGCAUUUACUCGUGGAAGGCAUCAUUGUCGGUUUUGCGGAGGGGUUUUUUGUAGGACAUGUACAAAAGGGAGGUGCCUGUUGCCCAUGAAGUUUCGGGAGAAGAACCCCCAGAGAGUGUGUGAUUCCUGCUAUGAUAGGCUUGAUCCAGUGCAAGGCGUUCUCAUCAACACUAUCAGCAAUGCUGUGCAGGCCGCAAAGCAUGAUGUUAUGGACUGGACUUGUACGAGAGGUUGGUUGAACCUUCCAGUGGGUUUAUCCAUGGAGUAUGAGAUAUACAAGUCAUCAAACACAUUGAGGACAUAUGCACAGGUUGCUCGGUUGAAUCCUGAGAGGUCCAUACCUGGUGCAGUUCUCAAAGGAGCCAAAGGUCUGGCAAUAUUAACGGUUGCUAAAGCUGGGGUGCUGCUUACGUAUAAACUUGGUACUGGCCUGGUGGUUGCACGAAGGUCUGAUGGUUCAUGGUCUGCACCAUCUGCUAUAAUAUCAGCCGGUUUGGGAUGGGGUGCGCAGAUUGGAGGCGAGUUGACGGACUUCAUUAUUGUGCUACAUGACUCUAAGGCUGUGAAGACAUUUUGCAGCCGCAUGCAUUUUUCUCUUGGUGCUGGUUGCAGUGCUGCAGCUGGUCCAGUUGGGAGAGCUGUGGAGGCAGAUCUUCGAGCUGGAGAGAGAGGUUCUGGCAUAUGCUAUACUUACAGUUGUAGUAAAGGUGCAUUUGUGGGAGUCUCGCUUGAAGGGAACAUCGUCACGACACGGAUGGAUACAAAUCUCCGAUUCUAUGGGGAUCCUUACGUUACUACAGCUGACAUCCUUCUUGGGACAGUGGAGAGACCCAAAGCUGGAGAACCCUUGUAUGCUGCACUCAGAGACCUAUAUGAAAGCUUUCCACUACGCUUGAAAGGAGUCCAUGAUUAAAAUGGUGAGAUGUGUUGGCUCUUGCAGUCCCUUGUUCAUACUGGAAGAAAUGUGAAGUAUUCGGUUUAAUAGGGUAGAGGAAUGUGCUUUUGAACCAGGAUAAUAGCUUCUCUCCCUUGUACAUAAACAAUAUACUUGUACAUAAAUAGCGGUUGCAAUAUACUGUUAUGAUUCUGAUAAUUUGGAGUGGAUUUUCAUGGUAUGGAUAUUUAUCAGAUAUACUACUAGGGUAUGACGGAAUGGGUAAGUGCUAAAAUUGGUUAUUGUUGCUGUAGAUGACUUCUAAUGUGGCAAACGUUGCAGGCUGGCUGAGUUAGCAGCAACUCUCCUGUAGAAAAAUAGGAACAUAACAUGAAAAUGCAGCAGUUCUGGUAUGGUUCUUUCAAUAGCAUGGACAUCAAGCUGUUGAAACUGUAGGUAGAGAGCUUAGGAAUAGCGUGUUCCUGUCUCAUGAACAUUUUCAUUUCUGUUAAUGAAAAAAAGGUGAUAAUAUUUGAGUGA